CCUUUGCUUACGCGUGCUGAUUGCAACGCUAGCAAUACCCUUUUCGCGCAAUAGAACUGCGUUGCAAGAUCGCCGUUCGCGCAAGAGACCUGCAGCAAAAAUGGCAUUGACGCUGGUCACCUACCCUGGCAACUUUAGGGCAUUCAAGGCCUUGAUCGCCGCCGAGUACGCUGGCGUGGAGAUCGCCGUGAAGGAUGUGGACGCCAAGGCCGCCGCAAAAUUGAGCCCGACGGGCAAGGUGCCCGUGCUCGAGACGCCGCAGGGCACCAUCUUCGAGUCGAACGCCAUCGCGCGCUACGUCGCGCGGCUGCGCAGCGACGCGGAUUUGUAUGGACGCACGUUCUACGAGUCGGCGGUCGUCGACAGCUGGAUCGACUUCUGCGCGCACGAGCUCGAGCUGCCCUGCACGCUCUGGGUCUACCCCAUCAUCGGCUACAUGCCCUUCUCGGGGCCGGCCUACGGCAAGGCCAAGGCCCACGUAUCGCAAGCUUUGAAGACGUUGGACGCGCACUUACUGGAUAAGACCUACAUGGUGGGCGAGGCCAUGACGCUCGCGGACAUCACGAUCGCGUCGGCGCUCGUGUACCCGGCGAAGCUCGCCAUGGACCCGAAAUUCCGGGCCCAGUUCCCGAACGUCUUCCGCUGGUUCGACUUAUGUGUCCACCAGCCGCAGUUCGUCGCGGUCAUCGGCGACGUUGCGUUAGCGGAGUCGGAGAUGAAGCCGGAAGGUGCUUCCAGUGCCCCUCAGGGUGGCAAGAAGGAGGCAAAGAAGGAAAAAGCGCCCAAGAAGGAGAAGGCGAAGAAGGAGAAGGCCGCCGCGCCGCCGCCGGCCCCGGCUCCCAAAAAAGUCGAGCACCCGCUCAAAAUCCUGGACAAGAAGAGCCCGUCGCCGCUCAACGGCGACGAGUGGAAGCGGACCUACAAGAACAACCCGCCCGAGGUCUGGAAGCAGAAGUUCUGGGAGAUGUUCGACCCGAAAGGAUGGGCGCUCUGGGUCUGCCGCUUCAAGUACAACCACGAGAACGAGAAGCAGUUCAUGUGCGCGAACGCCAUCGGCGGCUUCGUGCAACGGUCCGACGCGAUGCGCAAGUGGGCCUUCGGCACCAUGUUCGUGACCGGCUCGGAAGCGUGCUUGCCGAUCGAGAUCUCGGGCUGCUGGUUGAUGCGCGGCGACACGGUCGAGAACCUCACGGAGGCGAACGACGACGCGCUGUGCUACACGUGGACGAAGAUCGACCACACCUCUGCUGCUGGUAGGGCUUUGGUGGAGGAGUACUGGACGGCCGACGUCGACGGCUUCCUCGAGGGCAAGCUCGUGACGGACGGGAAGCUGUUCCUCUAG